UCCAAAGAGAUUUCAUUUUCAGUCUUCUGUAUGGUACUAUUGUUGUAUUAUUGUGUAAAUUAAUUUCGAAACAUUUUUGUCAAUGGUUUCUAAAAACUUAUUUUCAUCACGAAAAACCAUAAUAAUAAAUAAACACAUACAACAGCAAAGACAUAAUAAUAAUAAGUUCUAUGUGAAACUAAUUCUCUCAGGCAAUCAGCGCUGAUUACUCAGCUAACUGGCUGAGUCGCUACAAGGAAAACGAGUGGAGCGACGUCGACGUAUAUAUUCGAAUUUUGAUAAAUCAUUAAAAGUAACUAGAAAUGCUAGAGUGAGCAAUUUGAAUUGCUAAUUUUAAGCUAUAAAGUGCCCCUUUCUAUAUUAUAAUAAUCCAAAUGUCGUUUACAAGCUCAUUCCAUAUCGAUGCGGGAUUUGUAGUUUUUAAAUCUAUAUCCAUCAUUUGGUAUGAUACCUAUGGUGUUAGGUUUGCGAGUUUUUACAGAGGACUUUGUUACAGGCCGAAGCUGUCGUAAGAGCUUCCAUAAAGAGGCAAACAUCUGACUUUCCGGAAGUUGGUGGUUGGUUUAUAAAUAAAUUGGGUAAUUAAAAUACAGCGUGUUUAUAAAUUCACCCCAUCAUUGAAAACCUGUUAAUGUAAAAUAAAUUAGAAAUGACUAAGAGUUGGAAACGUCUAGUGAGAAUAGUGAAUUAGUAUAAAGACUCAAAGUGGCACUAGUAAGUGACGGCUUUAAUUCAGAAAAGUUUUAUUUCAGAUAAGAGGCUUCCGCCUCGAUCUCGUCGAUUUCUACUAAAAUAGAACAGAAGAAUUCGACUACGGAGGACAAUAUUUCUGCUAAUACGAAUGAGAAGAUUUUAACUACGAAGAACGAUAUUUCCGCCGAUAUUUUCCAUUCAAAAUUGUCAUUAUUGACAAAUGAAGUUUCAUCUCUUAGAUCGGAUAAGAUGAUAACUAUGGAGGAGAAAAUCAAGGAACUAUAGAAAAAGAUAACAGAUAUUACUAGCAGCAUUCUCAGGUAUAGGUGGUGCUUCGGCUUUGUUACUUUUGUUAGUUCCUGUUGGAAGAAUUACAGUAACAUACCCGGAUCGUCUAAUUUUUGGAUUAUAUUGUGAAACAAAUUACACUCCGGGAGUUUCCUUGUAUCAAGAAUAUCCAUGUACUCCAAUUGAUAUGGAGAAGCAGAUGGAUACUGAACUGGAAGUGGAAUCAUGUGGAUUUGCUUGUCAAGCGGUUUUAAGUGAUAACUACACUGCAGCAAUUAUGAAUACAAAAAGAUACGAUGUACAAAUUUAUGACAUUAAAAAAAAUUCGACAUUGAUUUACACAUAUUCACUUACUAAGGAGUACAGAUUCGAGUCUGCACCAGUAACUGAAGCAAAAAGCAAAAAGAUAUUGAAUAAUGACAAAUAUAGUACCUCCAUAAGAAAGUUGUCUAAGAGUUCUUUCUAUUUUCCUGCAGUUUCUAUGUACAACUUUUCCUGUGAUUUGGAAGAGGAAGCUACAGUUAGUUGUGUUUUAGGUAGUAGUGAUCAAUUUAAUUUCGAGAGGAUGAAAAAUCCUUGGAAAGCAGGAAUAAAAUAUAUUUCACCUGAUAAUAAUAUAGAGGAAAAUAUACAGAUUUACAACAUUGAAUAUGUGAAUUCCAAGAAAGAAAAAAAUAUUACCUGCUUAGAAAAUACAGGAAUGGUAGGCAAACAUAUCUCUGUAACAAUUCCAAUAAAUUUCAAUGAAUCUACUAUUAGACAUCUGGAUCUGGGUAGCUGUGCACACCGAUGUUUAGCUACAUCUAGAAGACAGAACGUCUGUUCUAACCAAAAAACUACUAUAGAACUAAAUAUGAAUGUAACCUUUUGGUCCUAUCUUUGUAUUCGAGUUUUUGUUGGAAUUAUCAGUGGUACAUCUUUUGCCAUGUUUGAAGGUGCGGUGAUAGCUUUAUUGCGAGAACACAAGGCUGAUUAUGGUCUUCAGAGAAUAUAUGCAACUAUCGGAGGAAUGAUAAGUUCACCGGUAUCUGGAUGGAUGAUAGACUAUGCUAGCAAAGGCAAAGGCUAUACUGACUUCAGACCUGUGUUUUUUUUAUAUGCUGCUUUGAAGAUAAUUAGUGGAGUUUUGAUGCUUUUCAUUAAUCUAGAAUUCAAGAAAGCAGCUUCCAGUGUUAUUGCCGAAGUAGUGGAAAUACUCAAGAAAAUUGAACUAAUUGCUUUGUUUCUAUCCUGUGUUGUUUUAGGUUGUGCUUGGGGCUUUAUAGAGAGUUUCCUAUUUUGGCUUCUGGAUGAUCUUGGCGGCUCUAAAUCUUUAAUGGGCUUAACGGUAACAGUUGGUGGUGUAGUUGGAAUACCUUUACUCAUUCUAUCUGGACCGAUUAUCAAGAAAUUAGGACAUGCAAAUGUCAUUUUUAUUGGAUUUAUUUUUUACGCUAUACGAAUGGCUGGAUAUUCUUUGAUAUACAAUCCUUGGUUAUGUUUGAUUUUCGAGGCUAUGGAAUCUGUUACUUUUGGUUUAAGCUUCACCGCUGCUGUCACAUAUGCUGCCAAGUUGUCUACAGUUACCACUGACACUAGCAUUCAGGGAAUGCUGGGCGGACUCUAUUAUGGAGUUGGUAAAGGCAUUGGCAGUUUAAUAGGUGGUUACCUUAUAAAGAUGAUUGGAAUUCGAUACACUUUUCAAAUAUUCGCUAUAUCUACCGGGCUUAUUGGAUUGAUCUAUUUGAGCUUUUAUCACUGCCAUAUGAAAAAACAUCCAUCACAAGGCACUGAAAUAACCCUCAAAGUCAAGCCAAGAAAUGAGUUUGAUACCAUGAGUUUGAAAAUGAAGUCUGAAAUAGCUGAUAUUCAAGCUGAUCUUCCGGUUGUUUAUGAAGACGCCAUAUGUAAUCCUGCUUAUGAAACCACCGAAGUAGAGGAUGAAGAUAACGAAAUCAAAAACGACUCAAACGAACCACAAUGAAUGGUACAGUUUAAACAACCUUUAAUUUAUAUAUGUAUAUAUAUAUAUAUAUAUAUAUAUAUAUAUAUAUAUAUAUAUAUAUGUUUGAAUUUUAAAAAUCAAAUGUAUAUUUUUUGCUGUUUCAUAGUUUGUUAAUAUAGUUUUA